AUCGUUCUUCCCUGUACUGACCACCCCUGGCUGUCAGUGCUGAGCGCUGCUUGGGUCCGCUGUUAUGAGAGAAACUGCUUUUAUUAAUUAACGGAUCGGAACUCUGCCUCCAUGACUUGCGAGGUUUUUGUGCUGUACUUUGCCAAAAGUUCAGAAAUAACAGGUAUUCGCUCAGAAACCAUUAACUUACCAAAGGAAAUUACAUCUCAACAGAUCUGGGAAAAACUUGUUCAUCUGCAUCCAAGACUCAGUGCCAUAAAAGAUCAAGUGGUCCUUGCGGUCCGUCAAGAAUACGUGCCCAUUAGCGAUGAGCUGCUGAAUUUGCGUUCUGGUGAUGAGAUUGCUGUGAUUCCUCCUAUCAGUGGUGGUUAGCGUCUUAACACCCUAAGUUUGCUAUGAGUGAAGGUGAGGAAGAGCCGAGAGAUUUUGUAAAAAUAA